UGUGAUAAUAGAUAGUUUCACUAAUAUCAAAAAAUUGCGAAUAAUUGUUAUAAUAUAAAUAUCUCCUAAAUGACCGUGGGAUUCAACUACAGCACUGCAUUUGUUGUACUGGCAUCAUUUCCAACGAGUUGGCAGCACCAGCUAAGAAAUCAUAUUAACGGCAAGCGAAUAGGGUGGAAAACGGAAGGCAUAAGAACGCGACGCUUGUGUUUGUUCGCUGGCAUCUCAAUAAAAAAAACCGUGAUGCGUGCAAUUUACUAAAUUAAGUGAAUUUUUUUUUGUCCAAUAAUAAUCCAUAGAAUUCGAUCUAAUAAGUAAAGUUUAAAUCAAUAAACGGCAAUAAAAAAUCGACAAUAAAGUGAAUUUCGCGGGUCACCAAAAAACAAACAUAAAACAACACAAGAAUGUCCAAGCCAAAGGUAGCUAAAAAGCGCAACAAAAAAGCAAAUCAAAAGGAAAAUGUGGAGGAGCCGCCCUCCGAUACAAUUGCAGUGGCGCCAAGCAACCACGGGCGGACAGCGGGCCAAACAGCGAUGUACACAAUUCUAUCGAAUGCGCAACUCAACGAGACCUUCCACAAGCGUUACACCAAAGAGAUGCAGCAACUGUACUCCAAGUUGGAUCACGAUGCAUUCAUGCUCACAUUCAUUAAGAUGUUGAAAACAGUACUAGAGGCGGACGAGAACAAUGAUUAUGGCAACACAGCGCUGGCAUUCUGUGCCACGUUCGUAACUAGCUUCGAAUCGGAGAAAACACAUCCCAUACUAGCCGAAACAUUCUCCUGGCUGCUAACGACAAUUUCAAAUAGUCCGCACAUUCGAUAUCGCAUCUGUUUCUUUGUGAAUCAGAUACUGAAACAUCUGGGACCAAAUGCCGCACUCGACGACACACAAUGCGAUCAGAUACUACACUAUAUGCUCGAUCGGCUGAAAGACAUGUCGUCUAGUGUGCGUAAGGAAGCCGUUUUGGCCAUGCAACGUUUACAGAUCCCCGACAAUCCCAACGAUGAAGUGCUGAUUGCCUAUCGCUACCACUUGAGUGCCGAUCCAGCGUCCAGUGUGCGGCAGUGCAUCAUCACGUGCAUGGGUCGAAACUACAUUACAGUGCCACACAUUCUGCAGCGUCUGUGGGAUGUGGACGAGAGGGUGCGACGCCACACCUACAUCAACAUGUGCAACUAUCCGGUGCGCUCGUACAAAGUGUCGCAGCGUCUGACGCUCGUCGAGCGUGGUCUUAACGAUAGCUCGGAGUCGGUGCGCAAGAAUGUCAUCAAAUAUAUGCUGAAGGCAUGGAUUGAAUCGUACCAGCAGAACUUUAUUCAACUGAUAGCUGCCCUCAAGCUCGACUCGAAUGAGGAGGAAAUACUGCGCUUUCGACGCGUCGUUCGCCAAAUGCUGAUGGUUAUCUUCGAGCGACACGACAAUCAGAUGCUGCUCGAGCAGCUGCCAUUAUCCGAGGAUUGCGAGCUGCAUCGCUGUGUGCCGCACGAGACGCUGACCGUGGAGCUGUUGCUCUACUGGCAAUGCCUCAGCGACUACUUUCAGCAAAGCAAUGCCGAUGAGUUCGAGCUGAUUCUGCCCGAGCUGACUGUUUUCUGUGACUAUAUAAAGAAAUUCUGCCAGUUUCAGAAGCCCGAGAUGGACAAAUUCGCACAGAUCGAGUUCCAGUGCAUGCUGCUUUCGUUGGUGGAAAUGCUGCAGACUUACGAUCUGGGCGACGAGAUCGGGCGUGGCAAUAUGAAGGAGCUAAUCACACAUCUUCUGAAGGAAUGUCUGCUCGAUCACAAGAUUAUCGCUGGGCUGGUGCGCUGCAUGGAGCUGCUGGAGAGCGACGUGAGCGCACGCAUGCAGUUCUUCAUUAAUAUUAUCUACGAGAUAUGCGAACUGAAUGCCAAGCAAAACGACUUGGUGCACGAUCGUAGUUUAAUCGAUAAACUAAUGAGCGGCGUUGACACUUCUCUGGUCAUGAAGCUCCAAUCGCUAAAAGUGCGCAUUCUUGAGUUGGAGGAGAUGGAGGAAAACUUUGUGCGCCAGAAGGAGUACAUCAGGGCGCAGGCUGUUAACGAUGAGAAGAUUGCUGCCACCGACGAAUACACCGAUCUAGUGCAACCGCUGCUGGAGAAGCACAAUGUGGUGGGGCUGCCGGCGCGACCCAAGCUGUCCAAGCAGGAGCGUGUGCUUAAAGGUCUGCACAUCUCAUUUUACAUGGUGGCCUCCAAGCAGGUGAACUCUCUUAAUCCCACAAUCUGCAAGCUUUACAAGGAUUUCGUGUGUCGCCACUUGGCAUCCUCGGAAAUGAACAUCUUUGAGUGGGCCAUCAAGUGUGGCACCACAUUCAGCAUAUUGUACGAGUCGUACACCAAGGAGGUCUUCGAUGUAGUCGUCGAACAGUUCUACAAGGACAACAAUUUGCGGCUCUGCGAGACGGCAGCACAGUGUUUAUUCGAGCUGAUGGAUCACUACGGUGUGGAUUAUUUCAUUGACAUGAAUCAAACAGCCACGAACCAGGGACAGGCGCCCAAAUCAAAGCGUCGCUUGCUGUACACCAUGCAGGACUUUUACGAAGGCGAAGAGGAUCGCAGUCAAAGUCAGAACAGCGAUCAAAACACUGACAUUAUCGGCAUGAUGGGUUUCUUUGUCGAGAAGGUCGUGGACAAAGGCAUUCUGGUGGCCAUUGUGCGUGGCCUUUGUCGUUUGGUGUUGCGCGGCCAGCUGGACAAUCGCAGCGAUAUUGUGGAGAAGCUGCUCAAGCGUUAUUUUAAUCCAUUAACGGAACCAAUUGUUAGCCAAGUGCUGGCCAUGUUCUUUGAGAAGAUUGUGGACUUAAAACUGCAGAGAAUACUGCAGCCAUGUCUGCUGCCCAUUGUGUGGUCCAUCAUGAACAGCAGCUACGAUUCACCGCUGCACGAUGUAGUGCCUGGUCAUGUGACCAAGUUCUUCAUUGAUCUAACGGCCCAGGAGAAGAGCACGCCGGACAGCAAUAUACACAAUCGGAUGGCGCUCAGUUUUCUGCAUUAUAUAAAAAACUAUUACACGGAACGCAAGGAAAUGUGUCGUCUGCUGGCCAAGGAUCUCAUCACCCUAAAGCUGAACGUUCUCAAUGAAACAGAAAUGAAAGAUGAAAUGCUCGAACUUUCCGAGAAUCUGCUUAAUAGUGAACUGGAACCACGAUUGGUACGCAAUAUUACUGACUUUAAGGAUAUGUUGAACGGCUGCUUACAACCGCCUGCGCGUAACCCAGAAGGCCAUGAAAGCGAGAACGAUGGCGAAGAUUGUGAAAGCAUUGCGGCAACCACAGCUUCCACAUCGGAGUGCCCAGCUCCAGCGCGUAAAACAAUUGUGCCAACCAUAAUUGAAGAGCCCGGCGAAGUCGCCUCAGGGCCGGCAUCACCAGCUCCAGCCGCAGCAACACGCACAGCGCCGACUACGCCAGUUCCAACAGAGACCGCUGAACCGGUGCUGACCACCUUUGGUAAACAGAAUGAAGUUGGCUUACGCUUCCUGCGUCGUUCGUUGCACAAUUCGAUAAGCCAUUCGGAUGGAGACAGCAUAUGUGGUUCGCAAUCGCCGUCGCAUGAGUCGGAAGCAGCGGAACAGCAGAAGAAUAAAGCCAGUGAAAUAAGUAGAAAAAAUCUGCGUCGUCGCAAAACAGGUGAACGCUUGCAGUUGGCUAUGGCACGGGCCUCACAAACACCGGAGAAGCGUCUACUUACGCCUGAGCCGACAGAGCCAAACGUAAAUGAAAGCAGAGAUGAAACAAUCAAUGUGACGUCAGUUGAAUUCGAAAAUGAAACAGCAAGUGAAUCCUUAAAACAAACUACAAACAAAUCCAUAAAUGAAAACUCAAGUCAAUCCGCUAUUGAAACUAAUAACAAAUCCACGAAUAAAAGCGCACGUGAAUCUACAAAUGAAAAUGCAAAUACAUCUACAAAUAAAAGCGCAUGUGAAUCUCCAAAUGAAACAGCAAAUAAAUCCACAAAUCAAACUGCAAGUGAUUCCACAAAUGAAACUAGAAGUGAAUCCGCAAGUGAAACAAAAGCAGCCACAAUUGUUGAAGUUGUGCCCACAACUCCAGUAUCCAACAAAUCUCACAACGAUUCGGAAGUGAUUGAGGAUUCACCGACGGUUGUCGUUUCUAGUUCGUCACCAACCACGCACAAUGAUCGAAGCAGUCUGCGCAUGCGCUCGCUGCGCAACCGAAGGGCAGCUGUUGCUCGCCCCUCGCCCACGCCCAGCAGUAAAAAGCGCAAAGUUCUACACCUUGAGAUUCAGACUCCAUUGCGAAAUGGGCGCAAACGUGUGCUGCGCAAAUCAGUGCAAGCAUCAGCGUCCCAAUCCUCCGACUCGGGCACAUCCUCGCAGCGCAUCUCGCCACUGCGCAAGCAACAGCGCUUGGAUGCAAAGACGCCCGUGCGGAAGAGCAGCAGCGUAGUGGUCACUGUGAAUAGUGAAAAGAACACGAGUAGUCCAACGGGCAGCACAACCUCAUCUGUAAAAGAGAACACGAUGCCAACGAAGAACCUUGCACACAAAACGCCGCAGCCGAAAAGGCUAUCCACAUCCACAUCGCAGCCCUUGGCCAGCACUCCGGCAUCACGGAUAACUACGCGGAAUUCGGCACGCAAAAUGCGCAUCGAAGCCAUGUGCAUGACCCGCAAACGCAUGUCUCUCGAGCUGAGUCUGACCGAGACCAAUGCCAAGAUGCCCACGCCCAAGCGAGUGCGCAAGGAAGUGGGACGUCCCAGGCGCACAGGAUCCAUCGAUCGCUCAACACACACUCUCAACAUAAGCACCACGAGUACCGCGAGAACCACGCGAAGUGCGAGCAAAUCGGCAACGAGUUCGCGAGAGUCCCGAAAAACCCGUGCAGCCCAAGCUGAGGCGGCAUCCACCUCCUUUGUGUCUACUCGCAAUCAACGCAAGUAGCCUAGUUCCUUCCCCUUCCCUUGCCCAUAUUCUCAUUCUCAGCUAAAACACCCUACACAAUAAUUAGUUUAAUUUUAAAGUUUAUAAUUUGUGUUAUGUCUUCAAUAACAUUGUACGCGUUCCAAUGCUUGUAAAUUUUAUGUAUAAAACGUAGUCUUGUUGAAAUAUAAUUAUUUAAAAUGAC